GUGCGAGUGCGCACUCUGUAGCAAAUCGCAGUAUUAACUGACUCGUUAACUGACGUAUUGAAAGAGGGGUCGGGGUGGGGACUAAAGGGGCCAAGAUAGACCACGUCGACAUUUACAAGCUGUUACCAAAUCCCCCCUCAUUCCUUAUGGCUCCAUGUUACUCACUGGAAUCGUUAGUGUUCUCGAUCACUCAUGGCGCGUCCAGACACGGAUUCCCGGCAAUUCGUGCCUGCAUUUUUGAUUUGGACGGGCUUCUCAUCAACUCCGAAGAUAUGAUCACGCUGGCGACGAACCAACUCCUCGAGCAAUAUGGAAGGCCCGCUCUCACUGCGUCAAUUAGAGCCCAGCUUAUGGGCGUCCCAGACUCGACAAAUGGCGACGUCUUCCACAACUGGGCGAAGGUGCCCAUCCCCCGCGAACAGUUCGCCUGUGAAUUGAAAGAUCGAAUGCGAAAGAACUUUCCGAACUGCAAACCGCUUCCAGGUGCGGAGACACUUCUGUUGAACCUGAGUCGCGCACGUAAUGCUUCUGGGGACAGGAUUGAGUUAGCAUUGGCAUCCAGCACCAAAAGCCAAAGCUUCGAAUUGAAAAUUUCGAGGCCGGAAACGAAACAUUUAUUAGACUACUUCCAGCCCGAAAGACGUGUCCUUGGUGAUGACUCGCGGGUACGACAGGGUCGAGGAAAGCCGGCGCCUGACAUAUACUUAGUUGCAUUGCAAACACUGAAGUCAGACACUAACACAAAGCCCAUCUUGCCCAGCGAGUGCUUGGUGUUCGAGGAUAGUGUGGCUGGAGUAGAGGCUGGAAGAAGGGCUGGGAUGAGGGUCAUAUGGGUACCACAUCCAGAUGUGGCAGCCGAAUACCAGGCAACGCAGAAGGAUGUUCUGGCCGGGAAGACGGGGAUGAUACAUAUAGGUGAUAAUUCGGAUGUAGGAGAGGUUGACGACGGCUGGGCUGAAGCCAUAUCGAGUCUGGAGGAAUUCAACUACGAGAAGUACGGUAUUGAUGUGCGAUUUUGAACGUGUCUACAGAGCAGGUCUAGUCAAUGGCGGGGUUUGCCACAUACUUGCAGGAUCAUACAAACUUGCUCCCACAGACCAUAAGGUAGGGUGUGGAUUGAACAUGCUUCUGAUUCACCACAUACACACCUAUUAUUGAGUCCUAUACGUACAUCAUGUUCCUGCACCUUACUUCCAGGGAUACAAACGAAUAUCGACUGUUUUCAGAAACAUGUUAGAUAUAGCGAGCCAAAUUACCCCUAUGGCAGUUUUGUUCUAAAUACCGCUCAACGUGACAGAUAAAAGAGCAUGGGAGCGAACGUCAAGGGCCGUGCCAGCACCGGCCGCCUCAGCCGAGACGUAGGUAAAAGCAUUCGCUAGGAGGAGCAGAGGAAUUUGGAACUUUAUUUUGGGAAGGCUUUGACUUAAAAUGCGGGGGAGGUAGACUUGUAACGAG